AUGGCCCAACCCGACCAAACCGCGCGCGUUGCCAAUCUGGAGCGUUCCACCGGCGAGACCACGAUUUCCGUAUCCGUGGACCUGGAUGGACAGGGCCGGUAUGACGUUGACACCGGCAACGGUUUCCUCGACCACAUGGUCAGCCAGAUCUCGCGCCACGGCCUUUUCGACAUCACGCUGAAAGCCGAGGGUGACACCCAUGUAGGCUGGCACCACCUCGUCGAGGAUACCGCCAUCAUGCUGGGACGUGCCUUCGGCCAGGCCCUUGGCGAGCCGCGCGGCAUCCGUCGCAUGGGACACGCCGUGGUCCCCCUGGACGAAACCUUGGUCAUGGUGGCCGUCGACUGGAGCGGCCGCCCCUACGUUUCCGUUGACACGACCCUGAACGACAGCAUGGUCGAAACGCUUUCCGGCGACCUCGUGGCGCAUUUCCUCGAAUCCUUUGCCAUCGAGGCCCGUAUCAAUCUGCACGCCAGGGUCCUCGCCGGCGUGAGCCCGCAUCACAAGGCCGAAGCUCUCUGCAAGGCGCUGGCCCGCGCCCUCCGCGACGCCGUCGAGCCCGAUCCUCGCGCCGCCGGCCAAGUUCCUAGCACCAAGGGCACACUGGACUCCUGA